AUGGAAUCUGAAAGGUCUUUAAUGGAGAGGGUCCGCCAAGAGCUGAAAGUUGAGCUCAAGCAGGGAUUUAGGUCAAGAAUUGAAGAUGUAAGAGAGGAGAUAUUAAGAAAAAGGAGAGCAGGGAAAUUACCAGGUGAUACUACUUCAGUGCUGAAGAACUGGUGGCAGCAACAUUCUAAGUGGCCUUACCCAACUGUGAGCUAUAUUAACUUGCUUUUUUUUUCCCCCCUCUUUUCUUCCUGGAAUGGUGACAAAGAUUUAAGGUAG